AUGACCUCGGCCACCAAGGUGUACUACAGCCAGACCACCCAAACCGACAGCCACCCCCUGAUUGGCCCGGCGCUGCGGAAAAGGCGGGUCAUGACCAAAGACGGGCGGAGUAACGUGCGCAUGGAGCACAUCGCGGACAAGCGCUUCCUGUACCUGAAGGACCUCUGGACGACCUUCAUCGACAUGCAGUGGCGCUACAAGCUGGUCCUCUUCUCGGCCUCCUUUGCCGGCACCUGGUUCCUCUUCGGGGUGGUCUGGUACCUGGUGGCGCUGCUGCACGGGGACCUGCUGGAGUUCGACCCUCCCGCCAACCACACGCCAUGCGUCAUGCAGGUGCACACGCUGACCGGGGCCUUCCUCUUCUCCCUGGAGUCCCAGACCACCAUCGGCUACGGCUUCCGCUACAUCAGCGAGGAAUGCCCGCUGGCCAUCGUCCUGCUCAUCAGCCAGCUGGUCCUCACCACCAUCAUGGAGAUCUUCAUCACUGGCACCUUCCUGGCCAAGAUCGCCCGACCCAAAAAGCGGGCGGAGACCAUCAAGUUCAGCCGGAGCGCCGUGGUGGCUCAGCACGAUGGUAAGACCUGCCUGAUGAUCCGGGUGGCCAACAUGCGGAAGAGCCUCCUGAUCGGCUGCCAGGUGACAGGGAAGCUCCUGCAGACCCACCUGACCAAAGAGGGGGAGAACGUCCAGCUGAACCAGGUCAACGUGGACUUCCAAGUGGACACGUCUUCCGACAGCCCCUUCCUCAUCUUGCCCCUCACCUUCUACCACGUGGUGAACGAGCGCAGCCCCUUCCGGGACCUGGCCCUGCGCACCGGAGAAGGUGACUUCGAGCUGGUGGUCAUCCUCAGCGGCACCGUCGAGUCCACCAGCGCCACCUGCCAGGUGCGCACCUCCUACCUGCCCGAGGAGAUCCUGUGGGGUUACGAGUUCACUCCGGUCAUCUCUCUCUCAGCCAGCGGGAAGUACGUGGCCGACUUCAGCUUCUUUGAGCAAGUGAUCAAGGUGGCCCCUCCGUGCUGCCUCCAGGAAACCGCACGGCUCGGGGACCCCGAGAAACUGAAGCUGGAGGAAUCCUUCCGGGAGAAAGCCGAGCGGGAAAGCGUCCCGCUGAGCGUGCGGAUCAGCAACGUUUGA